AUGCCCCUUUCCCCGCAUUCGAUUUUCACCCUAACACGCUCUCAGGUAUCAGCUAUCAAAGAUCCCGAACACGGAGGGGAGGAGGAUGCCGCUGCUGACGACGAACUAGAAAAGAAUCCAAAAUUGCUUCCACGUCCGAUUAGUAGUUUAAAGCAUCUGGGGUUGCUUGGUUUUCAAGUUGGUGCUUUAGAACAGAUUGAUGCAACAUAUUUUCGUGUUUGGAAGCUUAUUCAGAAGAAGAGAUCAAUGUAUGAUGCAGGAUUUUAUGAUCCCCAAGAUGAAGAAGACGAGUAUCAAGACGCACGUUAUGUGUCCCCUCCCGAGGCAUUAUGGCGAGUUUUUAGCUUUCCUCUUUCAAAAAUCCACCCUUAUGUGAUGGCCUUGCAAAUACAUCUCCCGAAUCAACAGUUGGUUAGGUUCAAAGACGGUGACAGAAUGGAAAACAUUGUUGAUAGGGAGAAAGAAAAAGAUUCAAUGUUGACGGAAUUUUUCAAGAAGAAUAAAGAAGAUUCCAAAGCGAGAGAAUAUUUGUAUAAGGAUUUUCCAAAACAUUUUACAUGGAAUCGGGGCAACCAUUGUUGGAGGACCCGCGCACAUAAAUCAAUGGUGGGUCGACUUGUUUAUGCUAAUCCAGCUGAAGGAGAGAGAUACUACCUACGCCUGCUUUUAUGUCAUAUCACCGGGCCUACAUGCUUUGAAGAUUUAUACACAGCCAAUGGUGUAUUACACCCUACAUUUCGAAAAGCAGCUCUCGAAAGAGGUUUAAUAGAGACGGAUGAUAAUUUAUCACAGUGUCUUGAAGAGGCUUCGUUAUUUCAAUUUCCCAGCACACUUAGAAGGUUAUUUGCGACGAUGCUGAUUUUUUGUGAACCAGGAAAUGUUCGCAAGUUAUGGGACGACCACUAUGAUUCUCUUUCUGAAGAUUAUAGGAAACAAUAUGGAUGUGCCGAGCGAGUGCAAAAUAUGGUCCUCAUCGACAUUAGAGUCUUCCUAGAAUCUAUGAGUAAAAAGCUUAGUGAUUAUGACCUUCCAAAUGUCAGUGCACACAUCGAUUUACAAUCAAGAGGCUAUCGUGAGGUGCAAGAAGAAUACUCUAUAAAUGUGGAAUAUGAAGACUUACAUGCACGGGACUCUCUCAAUCCAGACCAGAAGUUUGCAUAUGAUGAGAUAAUGAGGCAUGUGGAGCAAAAUAUUCUGGGUGUCUUCUUCAUAGAUGGUCCCGGUGGAACUGGAAAGACAUUUUUGUACAAAGCUUUGUUGGCCAAUAUUCGUGCCCAUGGUCUUAUUGCACUUGCAACUGCCACGUCAGGUGUUGCGGCUAACAACAUGCCAGGAGGGAGAACAGCUCAUUCACGAUUUGGAAUUCCCCUCAAUCUUGAUAAUAACUCGAUGUGCAAGAUCACUAAACAAAGUGGGAAAGCUCAGAUACUUCGUGAGGCAAAGGUAAUCAUAUGGGAUGAAGCAGCAAUGGCUAAGAGGCAGGCAGUAGAAGCAGUUGAUCGGACAAUGCAAGACAUCAUAGAUGAGAAGCUCCCUUUCGGUGGAAAGAUAAUGGUUAUGGGAGGUGACUUUAGACAAGUGUUGCCGGUCGUGAGACGUGGCACUCGAGCACAAAUUGUCGACUCUAGCUUACGAAUGUCACCUCUAUGGGCUUCAGUUAAAAGGCUUCGAUUAAAUAUCAACAUGAGAGCGGUAAAUGACCCGUGGUUUUCUAAUUUUUUAUUACGAGUCGGUGAUGGAAAGGAGGAAACAUUGGACGAGUCCUAUAUUCGUAUACCUGAUAACAUGUCCAUUCGAUACACUGAUAAAACUAAAUCAGUGGACGCUCUGAUUGAUGCAAUAUUUCCUUCUUUGCAUUCCAACGGCGCCGAUUCAAAAUUUAUCAUUUCGAGGGCGAUAUUGUCAACUAAAAAUGAAAGUGUUGAUGAGAUUAAUAAUAAGUUGAUCGAACGAUUUUCUGGCGAGCAAAAAGUUUACUAUAGUUUUGAUGAAGCGGAAGAUGACAAAAACAACUUAUAUCCGAUGGAGUAUUUGAACUCGCUAAAUGUUAGUGGUGUACCCCCUCAUUAUCUUCGGUUAAAAACUGGGUGCCCUGUAAUACUAUUGCGAAAUAUCGAUCCUUCAAAUGGGUUAUGUAAUGGCACCAUAUUGAUAUGUCGAGCUUUCCAACAAAAUGUCAUUGAUGCAGAGAUAGCUGUUGGCCAACAUGCUGGAAAAAGAGUGUUUUUACCAAGAAUUCCUCUAUGUCCGUCUGACGAUGAGAUGUUCCCAUUCAAACUUAAGAGAAAGCAAUUUCCAAUUCAGCUUAGUUUCUCUAUGACAAUCAAUAAAGCUCAAGGACAAACAAUUCCAAACGUAGGUGUUUAUCUACCAGAAUCGGUUUUCUCACAUAGCCAGCUUUAUGUGGCAUUGUCCAGAGGAAUAUCACGUGUCAAUACCAAGGUAUUAGUAAAGCCGGAAAAAACGUUUGAUAAUGAUGGAAUCUACACAUCAAACGUUGUGUACAAAGAAGUGUUAUGUGAUUAA